AUGGUGAAUCUGAAGCUCAAUAUCCUGCUGCUAGCAAUAGCAGCCUGCAUUCCCUACAUCUACUCCCGCUUAUCUCUGCUAUACACUUUGGAAACAAAUAAUCAUCCCAUCAAGCUCUCAACACCUCGAGGAUGGAUUACUGAGAAAGGCAGCUACGAGAUCAAAUAUGCAAACAAAUUGAGAAAUUGUGAGGAUCUGGUUGUGGAUGAGAAAGCAGGCUACGUGGUGUUGGGCUGCGAUGAGGGCAGAGAUGUUUGGAACACCGUCAUGGGCGUCUUUGGAAAAUCAACACCUCCAAAUGGUCAACUCUACCUCUAUGACUACUCAAGAUCCCAGCCCAGUCUGGAGAGUAUUCGUCUGCUCAACACUCCUCCGGGCUACUCCUUUCAUCCUCUAGGAUUGUCCCUGCAUCUGGCUACAGACACUCUUCUUGCAGUCAACCACGGCACUUCCGGCAGCACCGUAGACCAGUUCCACUUUUCACGUCUCGGAAACUCUGCAACCUUCAUCAAGAGCUUUUCGUCGCCAUAUCUGAGAGCUCCCAAUGCCUUGGUCCAGAUCUCGAACACAGAAGUAUUGGUUACCAACGAUCACUUUUUCACGCCUAGAAACUCACCCUGGCUGAACAAGUUUGAGACAUAUCUUGGUCUCCCUCUGGGUGGUGUCACGCACCUGAAUCUCAAGACUGGAGAAGCACAGCAAAUUGCAAGGAUGCCUUAUGCCAACGGAUUGGCCAUCUUGAACAGCACGACUAUCGCUGUGGCUUCAAGCUCUUCAGCAAAAGUCUUCCUUUAUGAGAUGGACAAGACGACUACCCCUCCGACACUCGCUUACAAGGAAGCAAUCUCUACACCUUUCUGGCCGGACAAUCUGCACGUAUCUAAUGGCAAGCUGUAUAUUGCUGGACAUGCUCAACUCGCUGGCUUGUCCAAACUCGCAAAGUCGAGACAACACUGUGGCGCUGAUACGACAUCUGCGGGUUGUGAUGCAAAAGCGCCUAGUUACGUAGCUCAAUGGACCAGGGAAAAAGGUCUUGAGGAUGUUUAUGUGGGUACAGAGAUGUAUGCUUCCAGUGGCGUCGCAAUGGAUGAAAAGAGAGGUGUCAGUGUCAUCUCUGGGCUCUAUGGCAAAGGUCUGUUGAUCUGGAACAAGGAGCAGAAAUAG